GAGUCACGUACCGAUUUAAGCGCGUGUGAUUAAGAAGUAUGUGAAAAAAAUCUCGUAAUCACAUCUACAACGUGGACUUAAGAAGUCAUCCAUUGGCCAAUGGUUGAUAGGAUGAUGAUGCUGCUGCUAGUGCUGAGUGUGUGUAUCUGAGGAAAGAAAGAUACCAUUUCUUUUUUGGUUUCUUGAGUAAAGUUCAUUCAUGUGUCAAAAAAUUCUGAUGGUUGUUAUUUAGCCACACAUAAGACUUGGCUUUCAGGUUUCUAUAUCGAGUCGUGUUGUUCCGUGGGGUUUGUAUACAAUGAGAAGAGGUAGAGGGAAAGGGAAGAAGCAGAGUACAUCUGCUAGGGAAGAUCAUGGAAGUGGUCAAGAAGAUGAAAAGAUUCCAGCUUAUAGGAGAAGAGGAAGGCCACAUAAGCCUAUGAAAGAUGAUUUCGAAGAGGAGGAAGAAGAGGAGUUGAUAGAGAAGAUAGAGGAAGAAGAAGAGGAUGGUUCAGUAACAAGUAAAAAAGAAGAAAACGAGAGGAAGAGGAAGAUGGUUAAUGGAAGCAAUACUGAUGUAAAUGAAGAAGGGAAUGGAUUAGGUUUGAAAUCAAGUAGAGAUGGUUCCACGACAUCUACUGGUUUCAGACAGAACGGGAGCAGGAGGAAAAGCAAGCCUAGACGAGCUGCUGAAGCUGUUGUGGAAUGUAAUGGAGUUUGAGAAA